AUGUCUGAACCUUCACGUCAAAUCAUGCAUACUACAUCACAUCCUUCUACAUCACGUUCAGUGCCAUCUGGUGCUCCACAUCUUGGUACCACCAAGCUUGCAGUAACUGAUCAUCCUCCAAGUACUGCGGCUCUAUGCCCUGCAAUUUUCCUCAUUUCAAUGCCUCCUCGUGCUCCAAGGGCCACUGCUCGAAGUGCUGGUGUUUCAAGUCCUUCGCUUCCUGCCAUGCCCCAAGUACCAGCACCUUCACAUACAUUACAUUUUUCCUGUCAUCCACCUUCACUCAUUUAUGGUUCCCCAUAUCCUCCUCUCUUUGGUUCGCCGCGUCAUGCGCCUACUGCAUUUCCUUUGAGCAGGAAUAUUCUUCUAGCCUCUACUAAUCCAUUGUUCAACGAUCCACAGGUUAUCGAGUAUCUCGUCAAGAAAGGAUACAAUCGAACGGAGCAAAUGCUACGUUCAGAAUCCGCCAAUCUUGAUAGAGAUGGAAAGCCUAUUCAAGAACGUGCAGAGGAUCUUGGUACAGCAAAAUACGCAAAAGGGUUUCGAUUAUUGAGUAAUUGGAUUGAGUCUAACUUAGACAUUUACAAGUUCGAGUUACGCAGAAUCCUUUGGCCUGUCUAUGUUUAUUCAUUCAUUGAGCUCAUCACAAGUAACUAUGCAAGUGACGGAAAAGCUUUUUUGAAUGAGUUCAAAGACCAAUUCCAACAAGUUCACGCAGAUGAGCUCACUACCUUUGAGACAAUCAGCUUGCCGCAACAGAUCAAUGACAACACUAUCACGAAGCUUUAUCUAUCCUCAAAGUACCGAAUACCUCUCAAUACCCAUGUUUACUACAACCUCAUGACCCACCUUGAAUCAAACAGCAAGCAAGGAGGAUCUGUUAUCAUUUAUUUGUUACAGACAUUCUGCGAAAUCCAAGAAACCAAACGAGGACCCAUUGAUCAAUUCAGUUUCGAAGCUAUAAUAAAUCAAGCACACGGUGUUGAGUCAGAAGAGUCUGAUCUUCAAGAAGGAAUUACCGGUGCUUUUACUGGAGUUACAAACAAAGACAUUGCAGACAAUAAUGCCAGAUUGUUACUAGGCCCAUUGUCAUUGGAGGAGGAUCUAUCUGCAGAUGUUCGCGCGGAACUUGAUGAAGAAGAUGCUAAGAAUCCACCUGAGCCCGGUAGGCCAUCCUUGGUAGAAUUGUUUGACCAAAGUAUCAAGCGUGAGGAAGGCAGUGAAGGACCUAGCCGCAAUGAUAUUCCUUAUCCUCCUUCUCGUGCGAAGGAUGUAACCAUGGAAGUUCAAAAGAUCAAGGAAUAUCGGGAUAGAUUUAAGAUUGAGAGUCGAAGUGGUGGUGUUGGUCCUGCAGUCUCGAUUUGCAUGUUUACUUUCCAUAAUACUCUUGAUACAAUUACCUGUAUCGAGUUUUCCGACGACAAUAACUUGGUUGCUGUUGGUACCGAAGAAUCUUACAUUCGUGUUUGGCAUCUACAUGGCGAACCGUUGUCAAGUGAAACCAAACCAGGUCCAAAUGAUCCACCACCAUCCAACUCUCGCCGUCUAAUUGGUCACUCCGCACCUGUUUAUGCUGUAUCAUUCUCCCCUUCAAUUCGAGGCGCAGAUGAUACUGAUACAUCUACUGCUCCCAAAUUACUCCUUUCCUCUUCCUCAGAUAGAACAAUCCGUCUCUGGUCACUCGAAGCAUGGGCCUGCGUAGUGGUAUACAAAGGCCACGAAGGUCCAGUCUGGAACGUAAAAUGGGGACCAUUCGGUCACUACUUUCUAAGUUGCGGCCACGAUCGCUCCGUUCGUAUAUGGGGCCAAGAUCACAUCUCAUACCUCCGAAUGUUCAUCGGUCACGAUUCCAACGUCAAUCAAAUCGCCUGGCAUCCAAACGGAGCAUAUGUUUUCUCAGCGAGCGAUCAAGCUGAUAAAACCGUUCGUAUGUGGUCUUUCACAACCGGUGAAUGCGUUCGUGUUUUCACAGGUCACACCGACACAAUCAGUGCUCUCCAAUGCGCUCCUAGUGGGAAGAUCCUAGCAUCUGCCGACGCAGGGGGAAGUAUCAUCCUCUGGGAUCUCGCCAAAGGCUCACAAAUCAAGCGUUGCAGAGGCCACGGAAAAGGUGGAAUUUGGUCUCUAUCAUUUAGCGUCGAAUCCACCGUCUUAUGUUCAGGUGGUGCGGAUGGUACUGUUCGUCUGUGGGAUAUCGAAGUGCCUACUGAUCCAUAUAAGAAUAAUGAUGGAGAAAUCAUCGGGACAGGCGGUCAAGCAGAUGCAACUCGGGUUACGGGAGCUAUUGCAGGUGCUCAGGUUAAUACGGCUACUGGUUCUUCCAAGAAAAAGGGAAAGGAAAUGAUGAUUACACCGGAUCAAAUCGCAGCAUUUCCAACCAAGCGAUCACCGGUUUACAAAGUCAUGUUCACAAGAAUGAAUUUGGUUAUGGCUGGUGGAUGUUAUUUACCUUAG